AUGACGGAAACGGAAUGCAGUAUCUGCUGCGAAGACUAUACAGUAAUUCAAAAAAUCUCAUCAGUAUGUGGUCAUGAUGACCUUUGCCCCAUCUGUAUCAAGCGACACAUUGAAGCCGAAUUGAAUACUAAAGGUGACAAUGUUCAAGUGCGAUGUCCAAAGUCUCGUUGUACAACAGAGUUGACUUAUGAAGAUUUAAGAAGAUUGGCUCCAAAGGAAUUAUUCGACAGGUAUGACACGUUGCUACUACGCGCUGCCAUACGUAAGCUCCCUGACUUUCGUUGGUGCAAGGCACCCAGAUGCGGUUCCGGUCAGGAACACACAACGGGAGAUAAUUUACCUAUAAUUACUUGUGAGGCUUGUGGCGCAAAAUCCUGUUUCACUCAUGACGUUCCAUGGCACGUUGGGUUGACCUGUAGCCAGUUCACCGAGCGAUUGAACACCACGGAUUAUACCGCUAAUGCUGCUUAUUAUGAACGUCACACAAAGCAAUGUCCCAAGUGUCACAGCUCUAUUGAGAAGAAUAAUGGAUGUGACCACAUGAGCUGCCGAUGUGGUUACGAGUUUUGCUGGCUGUGUCUAGGCGACUACGAAAAUAUCCGUCAGCAUGGUAACCAUUAUCACGAGCAAACUUGUCAAUAUUACGCAGCCUACGAUUCUGACAAUGAAGACGCGGAACAACACAUG